AUGUAUCGAGCGUAUAGUUUGGUUCGCCCCCAAUUGGGUGCGCCUCUACAUCCUACCUUCUUUCGCUCGCAUUUUUUCUCUUCCUCGUCUCCGAUCCAGGCUUGUUCUUCACAUCAGCACAAAGAGUCUCCCACAGUCCAAGGUGUAAGCUGCCACAGUCAGGAAACUGCAACAACGUCCCCUUGGCAACUCCAGUUCUGGGCCGAUCGCUCCACAUGGAAACGAGCCGGUAUCAACACAUUGCGCUGUCUGGUCGGUUGUACGACUGGUGAUUUUUCGGCAAUGUGGUUACUUCAAAUGUUAUAUCCAGAGCUCGGGAUGAGGACCAUCAUGGCCGUGUCUAUGGCAUCCGGGAUCACCACCUCGAUCAUCCUCGAGACAACCUUUCUUCGGCUAGGAGCUGACCGGCUCUCCUGGCCGACUGCUGCUCGUACUGCAAUGGGGAUGAGUAUGGUGUCGAUGCUAGCAAUGGAGGUAGCAGAGAACGUGGUUGACUACCAUCUCACUGGUGGUAUGGUGGACUUUAGGAAUAUUCAGUUUUGGCUGGCAGCUGCGGUGUCGAUGGGAGCUGGAUAUUUGGCUCCGUUGCCGUAUAAUUAUCUGCGGUUACGGAAGUAUGGAAAGGCUUGCCACUGA